UCUAAAAAACCCAACGUGGCACAAUCUACCACCACACACACAUCAAAAUCAACGAUCCCACACACACUGCUCACUUUUUCAAUUCUAUAAAUCACUUCAACGCCUCUCUCAUACUUUUCACAAACCAUGAACAGAGGUCGUUUCUGCCAUUGUUGAAUGACAGCAUACAACAAACUAACAUACUUUACAAUUUCUCAACCACAUUGUCUUGUCUCAUUCUUAAACAAACUAGGACAAAAUAGUAGUAGACACUAGUUAGAUAUGGGAAGAGCUCCUUGUUGUGAGAAAGUUGGGUUGAAAAGAGGAAGAUGGACUAGUGAAGAAGAUGAGAUCUUGUCCAAAUAUAUUCAGGCCAAUGGAGAAGGGUCUUGGAGGUCAUUGCCCAAAAAUGCAGGAUUAUUAAGAUGUGGAAAGAGUUGCAGACUAAGAUGGAUUAACUAUUUGAGAACUGAUCUUAAAAGAGGAAACAUUUCUGCUGAAGAAGAGGAUACUAUAGUAAAACUGCACACUACUUAUGGCAACAGGUGGUCCAUGAUUGCCAGCCACUUGCCUGGAAGAACCGACAACGAAAUUAAAAACUAUUGGAAUUCUCAUUUGAGCAGAAAAAUGUACUGUUUCUCCAAAAUAUCCACAACUACUGAGACAAAGACGAUUGAUCUUCCUCCUCCAAAACGCAAAUGUGGUAGAACAAGUCGUUGGGCCAUGAAGAAAAACAAGUUCUACAAAAAACAAACCAUCACUAAUAGUAGUACUAUUAGUCAACCUGAUAUUAAGGAAAAAUUAGUUCAUGACGUGGAAGUUAAAACAACACAUGAACAAGAGAAAGAAAAAACAACAUCAACGUAUGAGUUAUGUGACGACAUCUUAGGACUGAGUGAAUUAUUAGACGACAUUAAUGAAGUCAGUGGGGCGUUGUGUAUGGAAAAUUGCUUGCUGGAUACAUGUGGGUCUGCUACAAAUUUAAGUGAAGAGAGAGAAACAAUGGAGGAAAAUGGAAGAGCAAUGAAUGAUGAUGGUGAUGUGUGUAUUAAUUAUAAACAGGCUUCAUGUGAGGAACCUGAGAGUAGUGUGAAUUACCAAGGUUCCAAUAAUGGGGAAAGUGGUGAAUGGAAUUGGGAGAGUGUGAUGAAGUUUAAUAUUGAGGAGGAGGAGGAUAGUUGCAGGGAGCAUAAAGAGAAUCUUUUGAAUUGGUUGUGUGAAGAUGAUGAUUGGGAAGGUGAUAGUAAGAUGUUGGGAGAGAUAGAUUCUCAGAAACAAAAUGAUUUGAUUGCUUGGUUUCUUUCUUAAAAAAACAGACAAGAGUGUUUUCAUGUAUGUGUUUGUUUUUGAGAUCUGUCAUUGGCUAUUUUUAGUGUAGGUUUGAGACAAAUUUGUUACCAUUCUAGAAUAAAUAAUGAUUCGUGAGUACAAAAAUAAUAAAAAUGAGUUGUGACUUUUUGGAUUGUUUAAA